GCUAUGGCCAGUAGCCAGUAAAACUUUACAAAGCAAUAAGCUGCUAAAUUGUAUUCAUAAUUUGAUUUAAGUUGGAUGCCAUAAGUGAUUGGACGCAGAGUAAACAGGAUUAGGCCCAGACACUGGUGACAGAACAGUCAGAAGGUAUUUGAUAAUACAUCAUGGAUGGGCCCACUCUUUCUAAUGGCGAUUUGGAAGCAGAAAAUUGGCUUUUGUCCAGGAAGCUGCAGGCUCUUAAGGAAGGCUAUCAGACGGACUGCACCUUUCUUGUUGGUGCCAACAGUGCUGAGUCGAAGAGAUUUUCAGGGCUAAAAAGAGAUUUUCUUCUGGCCAGUUCUUCGUUUGACUCUCUCUUGAAUUUCAAGGAUGAAGUUACCAUCCGGAAUAUUCCUCCUCACAUUUUUGAGUGCAUCCUUGAGUUUGUGCACAUUGGAAAGUGUUCCAAGAAAAUCACCCUUGUUGCUGAUGCUAUUGCCCUGAUCAAAGGCGCUAGAUUCCUCAAAAUUGAAGCGGUUGUCCUGUACAGUAACCAUCUGAUCAUGAAGCUGGUUAGAGUCGACACUGUUUGGGAGAUUCUAAACGCUGCCUGCAAAUUGCCAUUGGAAAAAUGCAUAACCGAUGUUUGCUGCAAGCUUUUAUCUGCUCAACUGCUGGACUGCAUCAACCAUCAAACAUUCCUGAAUGCCUCUCAGGAAAGUGUAGUUACCCUACUAAAAAUUGACGCGUUCUUUGCCAAUGCAGAUGAAUACUGCUUGCUGAAUGCCUGCUUGAAGUGGAUUUCAAAUCAGCCAUACUACACAAGGAGGUCAACCUUCAAGAACUUACUGCCACACCUGAGGAUUCUGUCUCUGGAUGGUGAAGUAUGUGCCAUGAUUUCGGAUUACAUUACUGAAACCGAGCAAGCUGCCUUGUUUACCUACUAUGGUAAUCUUGACCAAGAUUGCGAAAGGCUGCCAAAUUUUGUGUGCAAAAUCAGCAACAGCAGAUUUUUGCGACCUGCACAACAAUCAAGCAUUACGAUCGUGUCUGAAAACCUGACCAAGACACGAGACUUCGUACAUCUUCCUCCCAUGAGAGAUGCCAAAAUUGUCAACUCGUUCAGGUUCGUAGCCACUGCUGACCUUUACUUGACAGGCAUUGAGCUCUUAGGUAGAUUGUUUACCGAAGCAAGACUUCCAAGUGCCUCAACAAUUUUUAAGCCUCUGUAUGCCAAGGCUGAUCGACUUAAGCUGAGGAGAUUAGGAAAUUCUGAGGAUGAAUAUGAGGAAAAUAUCUGUCUGGUUAUUGCCAACUCUGCAGCCAAGGAUUUGAGUGAGAAGAUGACAGUCAAGGCCAAGCUGAAUACUUCCACUUUAAUUGCUUUCUCAGUUCAUUUCUUCAUUCCCAAAGACAGUUUCACUUCUAUUGAGAUAGAGCUAAUCAAUCCACAAGGGAACUUCUUAAAAAUUGACCCUUCAGCUGUGCUCGACCAACUCAUGAGCACGAAAACUAUAGUCAAAACAUUUGAUUUGUCUCUCAAAAACUUGAAUGAUGACUUUGAGUACGAAGACCCUCUCCUGUACUUCAUUCAGUCAUUAAAGUUCAUUUUGGCUUGAGCUUUUGUAAAUUUUGUUAUAAAACUCUAUUGUUUUCCAUCAUUCUCGCGCAAAAUAAUGCGUGCUAAUAAAGCCUA